UAUAAUAUAUGCAUAAAGCCUCUACUGUCGUUCUUGAUCAAGGUAGGAUACAAUGUUGAAAAGACAUCGCGCGAGUGUGGAACUAUUACCACAUGAUGUGGUAGAGCUCAUCCUCGAGAGGCUUCCCGUGGAUUCUCUGCUUAGAUUCAAGUCUGUAUCAAAGAAUUGGAAAUCAACAAUUGAUUCUGGACGUUUCCAACAAGGUCAAUUUAUCCGUCGUAAGCAAUCACGAGGUCCUGAUGUUCUUUGCCUGCCCUUCAGUAAUGAUGGUCUGGAGGAUGAGGACAACACAUAUGCUAAAAGAUUUGUGUCUGGUUCAUCAGUAGCUUCUACACUCAAGUUCCCGGUUUCUCGAAAGUUGUUCUGCUACGGUAGUUGUGACGGACUGCUAUGCCUCUACUCUCUAUGCGAACAAAGUGCCAGCGUCGUGGUGAAUCCCGCCACUAGAUGGCAUCGAACCUUUCCUCUAUCCAACGUUCAACACCUCAGCAUCGAGAAAUUUAAUAUAUGUGAGUAUAAUGCCUAUACUCUUCCUCGGCUUGGAUUCGGUAAAGACAAAGUAACAGGCACGUAUAAGCCGGUCUUUUUAUAUAAUUCAUAUGAAUUUAAACCAGACAGCGUUACUACUUGUGAAGUUUUCGAUUUUAGCACCAAUGCUUGGAGGUACCUUGUCCACGCUUCUCCUUAUCGGAUUCUUGGUUACUAUGACCCCGUGUAUUUAGAUGGGUCGCUUUAUUAUCUCACUAACGAAGAAACCAAGGUUCCACCUUUCAUUUUUCCCGCUGAAACUUUUGAAGUCAAGUUAUUAUCUUUGGAUCUUCACACCGAAACGUUUCAAGUCAUCUGUAAAACUCCCACCCAUUAUUCAUCUAAUAACCCUUACACCAUCACAAUGUGCAUCCUCCAUGAUCGUUUGUGCGUUUCCGAGAUAAACUGGCCCAUCCAAGAGAUAUGGUUGUUGGAUGGCGCCAACAAGACAUGGAUGAUAAUAUAACGCCCGACCCGCCCACGGCUAAUGGGCCACCCACACCCGCUCUCUCGGCCCGUGGGCCCCAUCCCAUCCGACGGUCGGUCGUUAAUUUUCCAAGGCUCCAAAUCAUUGUUUACUGACCCUGCAAUCACCACAUGACCUUUCCCCGUGCUUUGGCCUCACUCACACGCUAUCGCGAAUCACUUCCCGAUAGGUCACCCAUCCUUCCACUACUCCAGCUCAAGCACGCUUAACUCUGGAGUUCUUUCAGGAUGUGCUCCGGAAAAGGUAAGUCAACUUUGGUGACAUAGGUAGCCAAAUCAAUUCUCUUAAGCCUUUCCAUAUACCACAAACCCGGGAUGUUACAAUUCACCCCCUCUCAAAGAACGCAACGUCCUCGUUGCGCCCCACGACAGGUCUCAAGACGCCUCUCAGGUCAGAACUGAGACGGCUAACCUGCUCUGAUACCACUUAUAACGCCCGACCCGCCCACGGCUAAUGGGCCACCCACACCCGCUCUCUCGGCCCGUGGGCCCCAUCCCAUCCGACGGUCGGUCGUUAAUUUUCCAAGGCUCCAAAUCAUUGUUUACUGACCCUGCAAUCACCACAUGACCUUUCCCCGUGCUUUGGCCUCACUCACACGCUAUCGCGAAUCACUUCCCGAUAGGUCACCCAUCCUUCCACUACUCCAGCUCAAGCACGCUUAACUCUGGAGUUCUUUCAGGAUGUGCUCCGGAAAAGGUAAGUCAACUUUGGUGACAUAGGUAGCCAAAUCAAUUCUCUUAAGCCUUUCCAUAUACCACAAACCCGGGA